AUGCAGUACAUGACAGCGCUCGUGGCGCUCACUGCGCUGGUGCUGCCCUCCACCGCGGUUCCUCACUCUGUUGGUGCUGCCCGACACACUCCCGAGUUUAAAUUCCCCAGCCAUUGCUACCCCAAUCCUUGCGCCGGCAUCACAUUUCAAAAUGACAGCUAUGUUUGCGGUGAUUCGCGUCUGGGGCCUGUUCAGGCACCGAGAAAGUUUCCCUUAGACAACCAGCUCCGAACCUAUGCGCGAUUUGGCUCGCUGUGUCCUGCAACCUUUCUCGAAAAGUGGGCCGGCUCUGCCAGUUCCAGCGCGUCAUACAAAUACCCACCCGCGAAUGGCUUUGUUGCCAACACUCACGGUGCCCCGAUCGUGGGCAAUGCCACUCUAUCCGUGGGCCAGAAAGUCGACCGCUUCGGCUCGGAGUACGGUUCGUUCCUGGCACCGCUCAGUGCACCGUACAUUGAGCGGUCGCUACCACCGAGUAACUUGGAUACCUAUGAUGGUGAUCAUCCAUUCAAUUAUUAUGUGUACCAAGUGACGAAGAGUUUCGUCGUGGGGAUGGGGCCUAUUGCGCCGUGGUUCGAGCAACCGGGCAUGGGCACUCAAUUCGUGACAUAUACCAACGUCAAGGGGCUAUUAGAGGGCGGCUAUCUGCGUCGCUUGACGCCGGAAGAAUAUGACGAGCCCCAGGAGUACUCCAAUGACUAUACCCCUGGGCCUUCUCAACGAUGA